UUUUACUCAAGAAGUGUAACGGUAAAGCUCACGCGAUAUAUGAUAAUAGGAACUCACGCAAAAGUAGAUCCAAAAUCCCAGAAAUAUCAAUCCAACUACACUCCCUCACAACUCACAAGCUUUUUGCAUUUCUUCCGGUAGUCUACCGUCGUCUUCUUCGUGGAAACCCUAACGACCUCAAUCCGACCGGCAGUAUCAUCUCAGUCGACUCCCCAGAUCUACAAAUGAUCUAUCUAUUACUAUUGUAGAUAUGGGGUUUCCUUUUUCCUUAUCGAGAUCAGUCAGAUCUGUUUAUUCGAAUUCCUAGAUGUAUGCUCAAAUCCGGUAACCCGUGCAUUACUUCAUUGCAUAUCGCUUUAGGUUUGGUGAUAAACGUGGCUGAGUUGAUUGAAGUCUCUGAAUCCCAAUCACAUUCUUAGCACAAUGGCUUUGUCAUCCCUCUCAAAAGGGACUUAUUCAUUCCUCCUCUUCACCUAUUUACUUUUUCUCUCACAUCUCUCCAAUGGUUUCUACUUGCCUGGAAGCUACAUGCGUACAUACUCAACAGGUGAAGAAAUAUUUGCCAAAGUCAAUUCAUUAACAUCCAUUGAAACAGAGCUUCCCUUUAGUUACUACAGUCUUCCAUACUGUACACCCCCUGGAGGAAUCAAGAAAAGUGCUGAAAAUUUAGGAGAACUCCUCAUGGGAGACCAAAUCGACAACUCCCCUUAUCGUUUUCGUAUGAACAUCAAUGAAUCUGUCUUCUUAUGCACCACACAUCCAUUAAACGAACACGAAGUAAAGCUUCUAAAACAAAGAACACACGAUCUAUAUCAAGUCAACAUGAUUCUUGAUAACUUGCCUGCAAUGAGGUUUGCGAAUCAAAACGGGGUUAAAAUCCAAUGGACAGGGUUCCCAGUUGGGUUCACAAAUCCCAACAAGAAAGACGAUGAUUACAUCAUCAACCAUGUGAAAUUCAGAGUGUUUGUCCACGAAUAUGAAGGCACAGGGGUGCAGAUAAUUGGAACAGGGGAAGAAGGUAUGGGUGUGAUAUCAACCAAUGAUGAUAAAAAGAAAGCUUCUGGAUAUGAAAUUGUGGGGUUUGAAGUUUUCCCUUGUAGUGUCAAAUACGACCCUGAAAAAAUGGCGAAACUUCAUCAAUACGAUGAAGUCCCAUCUUUAAACUGUCCUUUAGAGCUUGAAAAAUCUCAAAUCAUCAGAGAACAAGAAAAAGUUUCCUUCAGUUAUGAAGUUGAGUUUGUGAAAAGUGAUAUAAAAUGGCCUUCGCGUUGGGAUGCGUAUUUGAAAAUGGAAGGAGCACGUGUCCACUGGUUUUCAAUUCUAAAUUCUCUAAUGGUGAUCUUCUUUUUAGCUGGAAUUGUUUUUGUUAUCUUUUUAAGAACUGUAAGACGCGAUCUCACAAGAUACGAAGAACUCGACAAAGAAUCACAAGCACAAAUGAACGAAGAAUUAUCCGGAUGGAAACUCGUUGUAGGCGAUGUGUUUCGCGAGCCGAAUCACUCAAAACUGUUAUCCGUAAUGGUCGGAAACGGAAUCCAAAUCACCGGAAUGGGAAUCGUGACGAUCGUAUUCGCCGCGUUCGGAUUCAUGUCACCGGCUUCACGCGGCAUGCUUUUGACCGGAAUGAUCAUUCUGUAUCUCCUCCUCGGAACCGGAGCCGGGUAUUCCGGAGUUUACCUUUGGCGAACGAUAAAAGGGAGUUCCGACGGGUGGCGUUCCGUUUCCUGGUCUAUCGCGUUUUUCUUCCCCGGAAUCGUGUUUUCCAUUCUUACGGUUAUAAACUUCAUUCUUUGGGGGAGUAACUCCACGGGUGCGAUUCCGAUCUCGUUGUACUUCAUUCUCCUGUCGCUUCUUUUCUGCGUGUCGGUUCCGUUGACUCUUUUGGGCGGGUAUUUAGGGACACGGGCCGACCCGGUUAAGUUCCCGGUCCGAACCAACCAAAUAGCCCGGGAAAUUCCUUCCCAAAAAUACCCUUCGUGGUUGCUAGUAGUUGGGGCGGGUACCCUUCCUUUCGGGACACUUUUUAUUGAGUUGUUUUUCAUCUUAUCGAGUAUUUGGCUUGGGAGAUUUUACUAUGUGUUUGGGUUUUUACUGGUGGUGCUUGUGUUGUUGGUGGUGGUGUGUGCUGAGGUGUCGGUGGUGCUGACUUACAUGCAUCUGUGUGUUGAGGAUUGGCAGUGGUGGUGGAAGGCGUUUUAUGCUUCGGGGUCGGUGGGGGUUUAUGUGUUUUUGUAUUCGGUGAAGUAUUUGGUUUUUGAUCUUCAGAGUUUGAGUGGGCCCGUGUCGGCUGUGGUGUAUGUUGGGUAUUCGUUGAUUAUGGCGAUUGGACUCAUGUUGGCUACUGGGACUAUUGGCUUUAUUACAUCUUUCUACUUUGUUCAUUAUCUGUUUUCUUCUGUGAAGAUCGAUUGAUUUGAUUGAUAAGAGGAGUAGAAGGCCUGUAAAAUGUAAAUUUUCCGGGUUAUCAAGGUUAGAAACAAAUCCUAGUAGCAAAAAAUAUGUCUCUAUGUUUUUUUUUUCUAUGUUCGAGUUAUGAUUGAAAGAUCGUGUUCUUGUUUGUUCCAACAUUUAAAGAAAUAGAUGUUAUGAUUUUAUUUUA